AAAGCAAGCGGUUAUGCUGGUGUCGUCUAUGCUGAUCCGGGUCUCGGAUGUUGAUCAUCAGGUGAUGUGGUCGGCGGUAGUCUCGGCGUGAAUUGGCUGGUACAUCACAUAUUGUGGUUUCUUGGAUGAAAAGCCGAAUACCGAAAAAAGAUUAUCGCGCUAGUAUUGUAUAUUUGUAUACAAAUACAAAUCUGAGUAUACCCACCGUUUUUCUUUGUGUCUUUGGCUUCACACAGUUCUAACCAAGCAACAUGCCGGAUUUCACAGAUAAGCUACAGCCCAGCAAGCCAGAUGGGCCAACGAUCCUCGCCAAGGAACGCGCACAGUCGAACAUCUCAGCGGAGGAGCUGGCGCAGCAUUUGCUUUCCCACGAUGGAUUUCUUGAACGUCAAGCUCGUAUUCUGCCUAUUCUGGAGAAGGAACCACUCUUCAACAAGAAACAGCAAGCGAACUUAUCUCGCCCCGAUCUAUUCAAACUAGCUCUAGCUCGAGCUAAGUUGUUGCGACGACUAGUUGACCGGCAUGGAUGGAAUAUCGAUGAUUAUAAAAUGGCGGAGACUUUAAUUGAUGAUGUUUCACCAUACUUUCUGCACAUGCACAUGUUCGUUACAACCGUCAGGGAGCAAGCAAGCGAUGCCCAGAAAGCCCAUUGGAUGCCAUUGAUUGAAUCAUUCAAAAUAAUCGGUGCAUAUGCACAGACAGAGCUUGGCCAUGGAAGCAAUGUCCAAGGGUUGGAAUUGGAGGCUCGAUGGGAUCAGCGUACGCACGAGUUCAUUCUCCAUAGCCCGACUUUGACAGCAAGUAAGUGGUGGAAUGGCAGCCUCGGCCGAACUGCCAACCAUGCCAUUGUAGUGGCACAACUAUUGCUUCCUAGACCCGGAACCGAAACAUCAGCUAGCCCACAGUAUGUAUCACAUGGGCCACAUCCGUUUAUCGUGCAGGUUCGACACAUGGAAAGCCAUCAGCCUUUAGAUGGCAUAGUUAUUGGAGACAUAGGCCCCAAGUUUGGUUACAGUACCAUAGACAAUGCUUAUAUGCUCUUUGACCAGUUCCGGGUUCCUCACUCGGCACUACUGUCGCGAUACAGCCAGGUCGACCCAGAAACCGGGGCGUAUUCACAGCCGAAAAUGGGCAAAGUAGUGUAUGGCACCAUGACAUACGUCCGAUCACUCAUCGUUCACCAGUCCAGACUUGCGCUCGCGCGCGCAGUCACAGUCGCCGUCCGCUAUACCAGUAUCCGCCGGCAGUUUAAGGAUCGCGAUAACGCGAAAGGGCCUGAGAUACACGUUCUUGACUAUCCAACUGUACAAAUUCGCAUUUUGCCACUGUUGGCAACGACAUACGCGCUGCAUUAUGUCGGACUGGCGAUGCAGAAAACGUACAAGUCGGCUCGUAUGGAAAUUGAGCGUGGAGAUUUUAGCAGCCUGGCCUACAUGCACAGCAUGUCAUCCGGUCUGAAGAGUCAUUGCACCAACAUUGUGGCGGAUGGAAUAGAGACUUGUCGUCGUGCAUUGGGGGGCCAUGGGUAUGGGGGUGCCAGUGGAUUCACCCGAUUAGGUCCGGACUAUCUUUCUCGAGUCACCGUCGAGGGAGACAAUUGGAUGAUUACACAGCAGGUUGCAUCGUACCUGAUCAAAAGAAUGACAGAUGCUGCGGCCAACAUUCACACACCUGCAGUGGAUGCAAUUGACGCUUCCUAUAAAGAAUUCUUGACAGCUCAUCAAAAUGGACAGGUUAUCGAACCAUACGAUGUUUUCAACAGUGAUUAUGCCAUUGUGAAGAGCUUCCAACGUCGAGCAUCUGCUCUGUUGUAUGAUGUCUAUGUGGAGAGAGUUAUCAACAAAAAGCCAUGGACUUCCUUGAUGAUCCAACUAAACAAAGUGAGCCAAGCCCAAUCUCUGGUGAUUAUGGUCGAAGUCUUCUACGAGGCUCUCAAGUCAGAAAAAGCCAUAUCAGAGGCAGCCAAAGCAUCCCUAUGGGAUCUCUAUCGACUAUUUUCGUUUUACACCAUGGAAAGCUCAAGCUAUGAUUUUUUCAACUCGGGUGCAGUCUCCCAACGCCAAUUAAGCGAACUGCCUACCAAAGUUAAACAAUUUAUGACACAAAUCCGGCCACAUGCCGUUAAUCUAGUUGAUGCGUGGAUGAUUCCCGAUUAUCUUUUGGAUAGUGCAUUGGGUCGAUACGAUGGCAAAGUAUACGAAGAUCUUUUCAAUCGAGCCCACCACGAGAAUCCUUUGAACCAAAUUACAUUCAACCCCAACUACUGGGAGAAUGAGAUUGUCAAAGGAGGUGGAGAUGAGUGGUCAUCAAUUUUGGCAAAACUCUAGUAUUCUGGUUCACAUAUUUGAGGGGUGAUAACUCCAGUCACUGUUACUGGGUGAUUAUGUUCCAAAGUUUCCUAGGGCCAACCCUAAAUCGUAGAUGUCACGAAUAAAUUGUAAGACUAUUGGCUAUAUCCGUGUUUGGC